AUGAUGUCGCCCGCCAUCCGUCUUGUUGUGAGCACUCUCGGUUACCUUGCAACAGCCUUGCAGGAGCCACACUCGUAUCGCAAGAUUCAAUCGGCUUUCAGCAACAAUACCGUGCGAAUCAAGAGGUACCAUGAAGCUCGUCAUAACCAGAAGGAUGCGCCGCUCAUGCUCUGGCUCCAGGGUGGGCCUGGGGCGAGUUCGUUGAUCGGCAUGCUCUACGAGAAUGGCCCCUGUCUCACCGACGGUCCGGCAAAGACCAAGUUCAACCCCUAUUCUUGGACUGAGCAUUUCAGCAUGAUCUAUCUUGACCAACCCGUUGGGGUCGGCAUGUCAUAUCUUGACUCGGAACAUGACGGCCAAGGGUACCCCAAGGGCGUUGAGGAUUCCUCACUCGACAUCGUUGCAUUUAUCAAGCUGUUCUACGAGGCGUUUCCUCAUCUUGCAACAUCCGACCUCCAUCUUGGGGGUGAGUCGUAUGCGGGACGCUAUGUCCCCGCCCUGGCCUCCACGAUUCUCGAGUACAACGAGAUCCUCAGCACUGCACCGCUCUCCACUUCGACCGCACAGGAGGGAACCAUACCGUUGCGGUCUCUCAUGAUCGGCAACCCUCUCAUUGAUCCGCUCACACAGUUGCCGACUAUGUAUGAUGUGUCGUGCUAUGAGUACCGCGGUUACGAGCCACAUCUAACACCCAAAGAAUGCUUCGCGGCAUUGGAGGCGCUUGAUAAACUGGAGCCCCUGUUGCGGGCUUGUUUCCGGGGAGGCAGCGACCCAUUGAUCUGCGGCGCAGCAAACCUCAUGAUCGAUGACCCAUUUGAGAACGUCUGGAACGUGACGAGGAGUCUAUAUGAUCGCCGGAUUCGGGACUGUCCUGCACCUGAUAAAUGCUUCGCCGACUUGCCCAACGUCUCAGCCUACCUCAAUGCGAACAAAGUGUUUGAGGAACUUCUGGAAGUCCCCGCUCAAACGAACCACAAGGUCGCCGCCUGGGAGCCCAGUGAUGAGGCAACCGGGAAACGCUUUUCUGAAUCAGGAGAUAUAGCUAUGACCUCGACAAACUAUCUCCGACACGUAUUGGAUUUCGGGCGCCAGGGUAGGAAGGAUCUUUCAUCGCAGCGCGGUCCCGUCACCCGCCCGAUAGACGCUUUGAUCUAUGUCGGCGUCACCGACAUCAGCUGCAAUGCAGAGGGAGUAUUUGCUGCUCUGAAAGAGGUGGAAUGGGAGGGCAGAGCACCCUUCCGCGCUGUGCCCUGGAAAGAUCUACCAUUGCGCACGUCGAGGGGUGCAUCAACGGGCAGGGUCAAGAUGGUCCCCAAUCUCUGGAUGGUGGAGUUGAAUGAGGCUGGUCACAUGGUUCCCUACGACCAGCCAGAACUAGCUCUCGACCUCGCUAAACACUGGCUCUAUUCUAUUCAACAAUCCGGCCUAUCCUUCAAACAUGAGCCAAUGGUGGAUCAGCAGUCCGUCCUGGAGCUUUAG